AUGUAUCAUGGGCACUGGAAUCACACAACGCCGACGGAGAUGCCGCAUUCUCCGGUCGAGGAGCAUUGGCGUACAACGCUACCCGCCGUGUCGCUGACGUUUGGCAUAUUGGCAUCGGCCGUCUUCGUCCUCCGCGUAUUUGCCGCGCGGUUCACCUCGUGCAAGCUCCGGGCAGAGGACGUGCUCAUGGGCGUCGGCGUCGUUCUGAUGUGGGGGACUGUUGCCUCCGUGUUGAUGAAGGCCUACAACGGCGUUGGGCUCCGUGAGUGGGAAAUACCAAAGCAUCGCAGAUUCCUGCUCAACUUCGGCUCGUUCCUGCUGUCCAAGUUCUGGGCCGGCUCGAUGGCGUGCUGCAAGGUUGCCAUCGUGCUCUUCCUGCGGCGCGUCGUCGGCUUCAAGCGCUCCGUCAACGCGGCCCUCGUCGCCGUCGCCGUGGUCUCGGUGCUCUGGGCGCUCGGCGUCAUCCUCUUCUCCACGUUUGCGUGCCAGCCCGUGUCCUUUUACUGGGACCGGUCAGCCCAGAACGGCCACUGCCUGCCGCGGCGGCACUACAAGACGGGCAACAUCGUCUUUGCCGUCUUCGGCAUGGUGACGGACAUCGUCAUCCUCAUCAUCCCCUUGCCGACGUUGUGGCGGUCGCAGAUGCGCAGGAAGCAAAAAAUUGCCAUGACGGGCGUGCUAAGCAUUGGUCUAUUACAAAAGUGUCUGUAUAUUCAGCUUGCUGCGGACCGUGCAGUUCUUCUACCUCGACUUGGAGCACAUUUCAAGACAGUCUUGCUGACAAAGGCCCGAGCAGCCUCAAGCGCGUUGGAGAGCCUAUGGUGCGUGCUCGAGAACGAAUUCGCCGUCAUCUGCGGCUGCACGCCUCAGAUCGCUCCCCUCUUCCGCAGCCUGCGCCCCAGCAAGGCAAAGGUGUCGGGUUACGCGGGAAUGUACGACACAUCCGUGCUCGGCAAGCACAACAAGAUGAGCGUCAUCCGCACGACCGUCAUCGGGACUGGCGGCGAGGCGAUGCCGGGUCUGCGGCCGUCGCCGAGAGACGGCAGGAGCUCGUCGGAGAUUGAGCUCAAGGGAAUUGAAGUUCGCACGGCGAUCAACCAAGAGGUUUCGGGAGGCGGAGUGCAGCUCCACGACGCGGGGCGCGUGUCGGUGGAAGUGGAAAAGGGAAACUAUACCCGCAUAUAG